AUGGUCGAACAUAUACCUCUAUUCUACACUGAUACAACAAAUGAGUUGUUGACUGCGCCUCAUCAACAACCUGAACAUCAACCACAAAAAGACACCAACAACAACAACAAUAAUAACAAUAAUGUAUUCGAUGAUGAAUACUUUCAGAUACAGACAAGCAUUGAUACAAUUGCAAAGUUUGGCUUCAAACGUGUUGCUCUACAACUACCGGAUAGUUUGUUGUGGGCUGGCCGCACUAUCACUGCCAAACUAGUAACAGCCGCACCACAAUGCAAAGUGUUCAUACUUGGAGACACAUCAUAUGGCAACUGUUGUGUUGAUGAAGUUACAGCUUCACAUCUAAAGGCUGACUUUAUUAUUCAUUAUGGUCAUUCAUGUCUAUCACCGGCAACUAAACUACCAGUACAAUACGUGUUUGGACGCAAGCAAUUCGAUGUGGAUACAUUCGUCACAUGCUUUAGAAACAAGUUCUCAUCAAGUGAUAAGGUGAUCAUCUUUUAUGAUCUGCCCUAUCACUUCAUCGUACCAAUGCUACGUGAACAACUGCCUGCAAGUGAUGUACAUCUGAUAACAGACAUUGACAGUUUUAACAAUAUAUACUACAGUCAAUCAUUCAUCAAUAACAAACCGACCUCCACUGCCAACUGCGACAACAACAACAACACUGGAUGUUGUAACAAUAGCAACAACAACAAGGAUGAUACUGAUCAAGGUUGUUGUGGUGGUAACAACAAUGGAAGUAGUGAUUGCUGCUCAACUUCACCAUCAUCAUCAUUUGACACUAAAUUGGAAACAGAGACAAAGAGUGAUGACUUGAUCUUUGGCAGGAAGCUAUCAAUCGAUCACAAAGACAUUGAACAGUACACAAUAUUAUGGAUUGGAGAGGAAUGCGUUACAUUGACCAACCUCCUAAUGAACUUUAACAAGAACACUUUUUAUAGUUACACUGACAACAAGAUACAACAGGUCACAUUAACCAAGUCACAAUCAUUGAUGAAGCGUUACUACAUAUCCAACAAAUGCAAGGAUGCCAACAUUAUUGGUAUUGUCGUGGCCACACUCACUGUCCAGAAAUACUCAGAGACUAUUGAGAGACUGAGGAAGCUGAUAUUGGAAGCUGGAAAGAAGCCUUAUGUGUUUGUGGUUGGACGUUUGAAUGUACCAAAGUUGGCCAACUUCUCAGAGAUUGAUAUAUUUGUGGCUGUUGCAUGCCCAGAGAACACUAUAAUCGACUCCAAAGAGUACUUCAAACCAAUUGCCACACCAUUUGAACUCAACCUGGCGCUGAGAGGACAGGAAUGGACUGGCCAGUACAUCACAGACUUUGGCCGAUUGUUCCCUCACCUGGUACAGCCACUCAAUGAUGGCAAUCAAUCGACAACAAGAUCUGAUGUUGAGCGUGAUGAGGAUGACGUCAGUGAUGAAGAGGGCAACAGGUAUCACUUCUCAUUGAGCUCUGGAAAGAUUGUAAAGUUCUACAAUGCAUCGGCAGCAGCUUCAACAACAACAUCCAAUACUAGUGGUGGCGAGAUGGUAUCAGUCGAUGACAAGCUCAAACAAUUGAGUACGGCGACCAAUGCCAGCGAGUACUUUGUAGGAAGGACAUAUCGUGGACUCGAGACCAGGAUUGGCGAGACCGAGGUGACCAAGGCCAUCACGGGCAUGUCCGGUAUCCCGAUGGGUUACAACACAGACAAAGAGUCAACGACGACCAAUCAGAGUGAGGACGCAAAGUAA